GAUUUGGCACCCGCAGCCGCCGUGGCGGCGCCUCGGCCGACGCGGCGGAGCGUGGAAAGUGUUCGCACAACCGAGCGCUUGAUGGAGGUGUUGGACGAAGCCAAGUCCGCGCAGGAGCAACUCGACUCCGAAGGUUUCGACGCCGAGCUCGUUGCAUCCUUUGGCCAAGGCGCCAGGCAUCCUGUGGCGCGUGCGGUAGCUUACAUCAACACUCUGAAUGCAAGCAACAUCUAUGAAGUGAUUCUGGCGCUGCCGUUCUCACAU